AUGGCUCAUAUUAUCGACGAGCCCAUCGAGGAGGAGCUGCUCCCGGGCGAUCGGCUGGGACGUUUCCAUCCGACGCGGCCCGGCGAGGUACUGGAUGGCAGAUUCAAGACGAUCACCAAGCUUGGUUAUGGCGCGGGCUCCACCGUCUGGCUGGCAGAGAAUCUCCGAUUUAAGAAGUGGAGGAAGUCGUCGAUUCCUCGCUAUGUUAGUGUCAAGAUCGCGGCCCUUGAUACAGAUGCGGCUUGGGAGACGAGGAUCUCGAAGGUCAUCGCCAAAGCUCAGCCAUCACACGAAGGUUUAGAGUUCAUCCGGAUGCCGAUCGACGAGUUCCGACUGGCAAGACCAGAGGGAACACACUCCUGUCUCGUCUAUACGCCGAUGAGAGAAACUCUCUGUCAGCUCCAGAGCAGACUACGGCGACAGAGACUGGCCCCGCCCCUGUUUAAAUUUUUUAUCUACUGCCUCCUCGAGGCGCUAGAUUAUCUGCACACUAAAUGCGGUCUCAUCCACACGGACAUUAAGGAUGACAACAUCAUGGUGACGAUCGAAAGCGACGCCGUCUUGGCCGACUUUGUCAAACUCCAAAAGAAGAACCACCAACCCGCGCACGUCCGAAUCGAGGACGGCCGUAUAACCUACCUCUCCCAAGCCGACUUUGGUCCUCUACAAGGCCCAAGACUGCUACCUAAGCUGGCUGAUUUUAAUCUUGCCUUUCCCGGACUAGCCGGGGACAAAGGCCACCUCUCCCCCAUCCAAUCUCACCGCUUCCGCGCUCCAGAGGUGAUACUUGGUUGUCCGUGGUCGUACAGCGCCGACAUCUGGAAUCUCGGACUCCUGAUGUGGAACCUCCUGGAAGGCAUUAGUCUGUUCGACCGGCCCGCCGGUGAAGCUGGCGAAUACGACGCACACGUCCACCUCGCCCAGAUGGUUACAUUACUAGGAGACCCGCCCGAGGAACUAAUUGAGAGGGAGCGGUUCUUUCGCAAACACCAGCUCAAGAGCCCUGUCACGAACGCGCGCGGCAAGAAGUGCAAGAACAUGAAUGAGUUCUGGGGCGGUCCAUUUUUCGACGAGGAUAGUAAGUCAAGAAGCCUGCAAAAAGACUGUUGGUUCAUGAGCCGACCCAUAACAGAUCAUGUUCUCCGUGAUGACCUCCUGGGAAAGAAGAGGCUUGCAGAUACGGUGACGGAGCUGGCCGGUGACGAGAAAGAAGCAUUCCUCGACCUUGCUUCCGGCAUGCUACAUUGGUUGCCUGAGAAGAGAAAGACGGCCAAGGAGCUACUGCAACAUCCCAUUUUCGAUUCGUUGAAUAACAAACGUGCCCAAUGGCGGAUAGACGGAUGA